CUCAUUCAUUGCCUGUGUGCAGUUCUUGAACUUCUUGCAAGAUGACUAUGUGGGAUGGGGUGAUGCCCUUUUACCCCCAGCCCAGGCACGCGGCGGGCUUCAGCGUCCCGCUGCUCAUUGUCAUUCUGGUAUUCUUGUGCCUGGCCGUCAGCUUCCUGCUCAUCUUGCCUGGGAUCCGUGGCCACUCGCGAUGGUUCUGGUUGGUGAGAGUUCUUCUUAGUCUGUUCAUCGGUGCAGAGAUUGUGGCUGUGCACUUCAGCGGAGACUGGUUCGUGGGGGGAGUGUGGACCAAUACAUCCUACAAAGCCUUCAGUACCGCCCGUGUUCAAGUCCAUGUCGGCCUGCAUGUGGGACUGGUGGGCGUCAAUAUUACACUCAGAGGAACACCAGUGCAGCAGCUGAACGAGACCAUUGACUACAAUGAGCGUUUCACUUGGCGUCUGGACGAAGACUACACCAAGGAGUACGUGGAUGCCCUGGAGAAGGGUCUGCCGGAUCCAGUGCUCUACCUGGCAGAGAAGUUCACACCCAGCAGCCCUUGCGGGCUGUACCACCAGUAUCAUCUGGCCGGACACUACGCCGCAGCAACGCUGUGGGUGGCGUUCUGCUUCUGGAUCAUCGCCAACGCGCUGCUCUCCAUGCCCACCCCGCUCUAUGGAGGCCUGGCGCUGCUCACCACCAGCGCCUUCACGCUCUUCGCCGUCUUUGCCUUCGCCUCGGUCUCCAGCGUGCCACUCUGCCCCUUCCGUCUGGGCUCUGCCGCCUUCACGCCUCGCUACGGCGCCUCCUUUUGGGUCACGCUGGCCACCGGCAUCCUGAGCCUCCUCCUUGGAGGGGCGGUGGUGAUUCUCCACUACACUCGACCCAGGGUUCUUCGCUCCGUUCUGGGUCAAAGUGACAAAGACUGUAGCAGUCAGGCGAAAGGGAACUCGCCUCUCAUCUUCAAUAACCCGCAACACGAGCAGUUCAAGGCUCCAGAUUUGAAUAUUACUACUGUCCUAUGAAGAGAGCUAGUUCCAGAUUCCCAAUCUCCUUGGGAUCCCGCAGACCCGAAGACAGUGUUAAAGGCGCGCCCUAGAAGCACUGCUGAAUCUAGGGAACUGAAUGCCCACGCAGAAGGACUAGG